AUGGCACUUCGAAACGCUUUGUUCAAAGCCUUGCUGGCUUCGAUUACAGUCUCACAUAGUCUAGCCCUUCCUGCUCCCCAGAUGGGAAACUAUGGAGAGAACAAAGGCCCAGUAGGCGGAGUUGAUCCCCCGACUCCGACUGUCACCUCAACGAGCGGUUCCCUAUAUGGUGACUCGAGCCUGCUGGGCGGCAAUGCUCCUUUACCUGACCCAGACAAGUCUGACUCCGCCGUGGUCAAAGAUCCAAAGCUCGUCAAAGGCCAGAAAGCAGAUGCCAAGCUUGGAGUAUACCUAGACUUUGACGACGUUGACGUCCCCCAGCCGAUGCGUGGCGGACUAGGUGCCACUGAUCCUGGUCCUCGAACCUAUGAGUACGAGAAGCUCAACCCUGAUCUGUAUGCGCCUCCCGGCACAGAUACUGGAGAUGUCCCGAACGCUAUGUGGCCGCUGGGUCUUUCCCACAACCGUCUUGGCAGCGAGCCUGGCGCCGGAUGGGCAAGACAGCAGAACCAAGCUGUUCUCCCUGCAGCAACCGCCAUGGCUGGAGUAGACAUGCGCCUUGCUCCCAAUGCCUACCGUGAACUGCACUGGCAUACUUCUGCCGAGUGGUCUCUGGUCACCAAAGGCUGUCUCCGUGUGGCUGCCAUGAAUGAAGAAGGCAAGAGCUUUGUCGACGAUCUCUGUGCAGGUGAUGUCUGGUUCUUCCCUCCUGGUGUUCCUCACAGUCUCCAAGCCUUUGACGAAGGAGCUGAGUUUCUGCUCGUGUUCAACGAUGGUAAAUUCUCAGAGGAUGAGACUUUCUUGGUAUCUGAGACGUUUCUACGAAACCCUGUUUCCGUUUUGGCCAAGAACUUCAAGACAGACACAUCUGCCUUUAAGAAUCUUCCAAAGGAUCAGCUUUACAUUUUCAACGGAACUCCAGCACCCAAGGAUAUCAAGGAGCAGACCGUGACAGGCUCAGCAGGCGCUUUGAAGGGCAAGGAAUCAUACACGUACCACUGGUCUCAGCAGAAGCCACACACCGUCCCCGGAGGUUCAGUCAAGAUCAUCGACCCUACAACAUUCCCCAUCGCCGAAGGCUUCUCAGCCGCUCUUGUCGUGGUCCAACCCGGAGCAGUCCGCGAAAUCCACUGGCACACAACUUCCGAUGAAUGGAGCUACUUCCUCCAGGGAAGCGGCCGGGUGACCGUCUUCAAAGCACCCGAGUCAGCUCGCACCUUUGACUUUACAGCCGGAGGAGUGGGAUACAUCCCAGCUGCCAACAGUCACUAUGUUGAGAACACCGGAGACACGGAUUUGAUUUUCCUCGAGGUUCUCCAGGCGCCCAAGUUCUCAGACAUCUCUGUGGCGCAGUGGUUGGCUUUGACGCCGCGGCAAAUUGUCAAGGACCAUCUGCAUGUUUCGGACGAGUUCUUGGAUUCGUUGCCAAAGGAGAAGGAGUUUAUCAAGGUUGGAAACGUGGAUAUGACAGCCAUUGCGGAUGAGGGGAAGAACUAA